GUUCAAAGUUUAAAAGCUUUACCUUUCCUUUUCUCCUUCAUCCACAUCAAGAUUUAAGCCAUUUCCUUUCACUUUCCUCACUUGGUUUUUGCCAUUCCUCCUCACCUGCUUCUUGUUCGAGUCGGAUCGAACUCUGGCGGGCGAGCAUAAAACCGCUGUGCUGUUUAAGUUCAAUAGCAAUAUUUACAAUAGCUCCCAUAACCAUGGCUUCAGUAUUUCUCCUUGUCGGCAUACUCCUCCAACUCUUCACGAACAUCAACGGCAUUGGAGUGAACUAUGGCAUGACUGCAGACAACCUUCCUAGCCCCUCUGUGGUUGCCAACUUCCUUAAAACCCAAACUAUUUUCGACAGCGUCAAACUGUUUGACGCUAAUCCCGAUGUCCUGCAAGCUUUUGCAAACACUAAUAUUUCGGUUUCCAUCACGAUUGGCAAUGGGGAUAUUCCUGGUCUCACCAACACCGUCACAGCACGAAGAUGGGUUGAGCAACACAUAAGCCCGUUUCAUCCUCAGACGAAGAUCAAAUAUGUAUUUGUUGGUACUGAAGUCUUGUUCUGGAAAAAUGAUGAGUGGACUAAUAACCUUGUGCCGGCAAUGAGGAAUCUUCAUUAUGCCUUGGUCAAAGCUGGAUUUCCAGAAAUCAAGGUCACAACCGCUCAUGCAUUUAACAUAUUCCGACGGGAAACAAUACCAAGUUUGAUGCGUUUCAUGUUUGGAUAUGACCAAAGCUUCUUUGCUCCCAUACUCCAAUUCCACCAACGGACUAAAUCACCUUUCAUUGUCAACCCGUAUCCCUACUUCAGUCCUGAUUUGUCAGAAAGAUUGAAUUAUGCACUUUUCAAGCCGAACAGAGGAGUCUAUGACAAAUAUAACCGAAAAACAUACACCAAUAUGUUUGAUGCUCUCAUGGACUCGACUUAUACAGCCAUGAAAGCCCUUGGUUAUGGAAAUGUGGAGAUUGCCAUCGGUGAGACGGGUUGGCCUACACAAGGUGAUGCCACCAGCCCCUUUGCCACCUUGGAGAAUGCAAUUUCUUACAAUGGGCAUGUUAUUAAGGAAAUUGUUUCGGGCAAAGGAACACCUUUGAUGCCGAACCGCACGUUUGAGACAUAUAUGUUUGCAUUGUUUAACGAGAACCAAAAACCGGGUCCACUUGUUGAGAAGUACUGGGGAAUGAUUAAUCCCGACUUGUCCCCUAUUUAUGAUGUCGGGAUUCUACGCAACGGGCAGUCGACGCCAACACCAACAACUCCAGCACCAUCGGCCAAGAACUUCUGUGCUCCGAAAGUUGAUGUUAGUGACGCUCAGCUGCAAUCAAACCUGGAUUACGCAUGUGGCCAAGGAGGUAUCGAUUGCACACCGAUUCAGCCCGGAGGAGCAUGUUAUGAACCCAACACUCUCCUGUCGCAUGCAGCAUUCGCGAUGAAUUCUUACUAUCGGACUAAAGGUCAGAGCUAUUUCAGCUGUGAUUUUGCCGGCACCGGUCAAAUCACCACUGUCGAACCAAGUUAUGGCAACUGCCGUUACAUCUGAAAGUCUGGAAGCGAAGAAUGAGGUUAAUGGAGUACCGAUGAGCAGAAUGUUUCAAGUAUUCAUUGGAUGUGAUUAGUCUUACUCUACCAUUGUUUGAAUUCCAAAUGCCUUGAUUGUUGGUAAAUUAACUAUUUGAAUGAACUAUGACAUUAUAUUAUGAACAUGUUGUUGUAA